UUUUUAUAUCUGAAUUUCUGGGCUUCAAUUUUGCCCCCUCUUUUCUUCUUGUUGUUGUGAAUUUUAUUUUGUUCUUUUUUAAAUCAAACCCAGAAAUGGGUUCUUCUUCAUUUGUUAUGUUGUUCUCCUAUAUUAUAUCUCUUUGUUUAAUAAGCUGCGUUUGGGGUUCUUCUAUUUGUUCGCAUGAAGCUGAUGUGUUCGUUAAAAAUCUUCAUUUUCAGUGCUCCCCUUCGGUUUCUCCAAUCCCCCCUCUGAAGGUGGAUGGCAGCUUCCUGGACCGAGCAUUGAUUUCCAAACAGAGAAAUGGUUACACUUCUGUGCUCUUUUAUGCAUCCUGGUGCCCAUUUUCACGCAGUUUGUACCCAAAGUUGGAAAUUCUCAGUUCCAUGUUUCCUCAGGUAGAGCAUAUGGCCGUUGAACAGUCUUCAGCUUCACCAAGCAUAUUUUCAAAGUAUGGAAUUCAUAGCUUGCCUUCAAUUUUAAUGGUGAACCAGACCACAAGGGUGCGAUAUCGUGGUUCAAAAGAUAUCCCCUCAAUCGUACAAUUUUAUGAGAAAACAACAGGAUUUGAACCAGUUCAAUAUAUGGCUGAAAGCGAGCCAGUUGUAUCAGAAGGUGACAAUAAAUACAUGAUACAGUUGUGGAAUGAAACCCCGAUGGAGAUAGUAAAACAGGAGCCCUACCUAGCAUUUGCCUUUCUGUUUCUCUGUUUCAGAGGACUCCUAUCCAUAUUCCCUAAAGUAAUGUCUCGUCUCAGGGCUUUCUGGGUUUCAUAUGCUCCACACUUGAAGUUGGAGAUCUUCGGUGAGACGAGUCAAUUAUUUGCGCGAGCCCUUCAUAUGGUUGAUGUGAGAAGAGUUUGGACGAAACUGAGGCUGAGCAAAACAAGAAAUUUCCAUCAAGGUGCCAAGAGCGCCCGUGUUUGGGCUUCUUCACUGGCGUCGGUCUCUUUGGGCGAAUCUUUUUCGGGCAGAUCAUCCUCAUCCUAGUUUUGAGUUUUUCAGAGCUAAGCUAAAAACGCAUGAAGGAGCCAUAUCAAUCGGGUAGCGCAUUACAAACUGCGAUGAUGCUUUGGGACAUCGUAAUCCCCCCCCCUCUCUCUCUGAUAUUAAAUCAGAUUGAUAGUUUCGAUACCAAAAUCUGUUGAGUUUGAGUUGUAGGUGUUUUUUUGUGGGAGGAAAUCAAGUAGAAUGUAUAUUUGAGAAGUGAUUUCUUUUUUCUUUCUGGUGUGUAUAUCACUCUUUAUUUGUUUGAACAUUUCUUACUUCACAUCUGUUGAAUGGCAAAGCUCAUUGAACUGC